CUGAGUGAGCGGAGACUGAAGGGGAAGGCAGCAGGACCUCCCCACCGGCCCUGCAGAAGAUGCAAUUCUUUGGGCGCCUGGUUAACACCCUCAGCAGCGUCACCAGCUUGUUCUCUAAUCCGUUCCGGGUGAAGGAGGUGUCUGUGGCUGACUACACCUCGAGCGACCGGGUUCGGGAGGAAGGGCAGCUGAUCCUGUCCCAUAACUCUUCCAGCCGCACCUGGGACUGCAUCCUGGUCAACCCCAGGGACUUGCAGAAUGGAUUCCGGCUCUUCCAGCUGGAGACGGAGGGGGAAGCCCUAGCCACCUUCCAGCAGUAUUCCUCCCUGCUGCCGCCCUUCUACGAGAGCUCCGCCCGCAUCCUGCAGGUCGAGGUCCUGCAGCAGCUCACCGACCUCAUCCGCAGCCACCCCAGCUGGUCGGUGGCCCACCUGGCGGUGGAGCUGGGCAUCCGGGAGUGCUUCCAUCACAGCCGCAUCAUCAGCUGUGCCAACAGCACAGAGAGUAAGGAGGGCUGCACACCCCUGCACCUGGCCUGCCGCAAGGGUGAUGCGGAGAUCCUGCUGGAGCUGGUGCAGUACUGCCAGGCCCAGAUGGACGUCACCGACAACAACGGAGAGACUGCCUUCCAUUACGCUGUCCAGGGUGACAAUUCCCAGGUGCUGCAGCUCCUAGGGAAGAACUCGUCGGCCGGCCUGAACCAGGUGAACAACCAGGGGCUGACCCCGCUGCACCUGGCCUGCCAGAUGGGGAAGCAGGAGAUGGUCCACGUGCUGCUGCUGUGCAGUGCCCGCUGCAACGUGAUGGGGCCCCGCGGAUACCCCAUCCACACGGCCAUGAAGUUCUCCCAGAAGGGGUGUGCCGAAAUGAUUGUUGGCAUGGACAGCAGCCAGGUCCACAGCAAAGACCCACGCUAUGGAGCCAGCCCCCUCCACUGGGCCAAGAACGCAGAGAUGGCUCGCAUGCUGCUGAAACGAGGCUGCGAUGUGAACAGCACCAGCUCCGCGGGCAACACAGCUCUGCAUGUGGCCGUGAUGCGCAACCGCUUUGACUGCGUCAUAGUGUUGCUGACCUACGGGGCCAACAGCAGCGCCCGCGGCGAGCACGGCAACACGCCGCUGCACCUGGCCAUGUCGAGAGGCAACGUGGAGAUGAUCAAGGCCCUCAUUGUGUUUGGGGCAGAGGUGGACACCCCAAAUGACUGUGGGGAGACUCCUGCUCACAUAGCCUCCAAGAUCGGCAAACUUGUCACCAGGAAGACAGUCUUAACUCUGCUGAGAGCCAUAGGGGCCGACCACCACCUCCCACUCCUCCCAGAGGCCCCAGCGGAGCCGUGCUCCCCAGCAGCACAACAUUUCUUCUGCCCGGAAAGAUCUCAGCCCCCAACGAUCAGCUUAAACAACCUAGAGCUGCAGGACCUGGUUCACAUCUCCCGGGCCCGGAAGCCAGCCUUCAUCUUGAGCUCCCUGCGGGAUGAGAAGCGGACCCAUGACAACCUGCUCUGCCUGGACGGAGGGGGUGUGAAAGGCCUGGUCAUCAUCCAGCUCCUCAUAGCCAUAGAGAAGGCCUCGGGCGUCGCCACCAAGGACCUCUUUGACUGGGUGGCUGGCACCAGCACGGGAGGCAUCCUGGCCCUGGCCAUUCUGCACGGCAAGUCCAUGGUCUACAUGCGUGGCGUGUACUUUCGCAUGAAGGACGAAGUCUUCCAUGGCUCGCGGCCCUACGAGUCAGGGCCCCUGGAGGAGUUCCUGAAGCGGGAGUUUGGGGAGCACACCAAAAUGACAGACGUCAAGAAGCCCAAGGUGAUGCUGACAGGGACUCUGUGUGACCGGCAGCCGGCGGAACUCCAUCUCUUCCGGAAUUACGAGGCCCCGGAGUGUGUACGGGAGCCUCGUUUCAGCCAGAAUAUGAACCUGAAGCCUCUAACUCAACCCUCAGAGCAGCUGGUGUGGCGGGCAGCCCGGAGCAGUGGGGCAGCCCCCACCUACUUCCGGCCUGAUGGGCGCUUCCUGGAUGGUGGGCUGCUGGCCAACAACCCCACGCUGGACGCCAUGACCGAGAUCCAUGAGUACAACCAGGACAUGAUCCACAAGGGUCAGGGCAGCAAGGUGAAGAAACUCUCCGUCGUCGUCUCUCUGGGGACAGGGAAGUCCCCACAGGUACCUGUGACCUGUGUGGACGUCUUCCGCCCCAGCAACCCCUGGGAACUGGCUAAGACUGUUUUUGGGGCCAAGGAGCUGGGCAAAAUGGUGGUGGACUGUUGCACGGAUCCAGAUGGGCGAGCCGUGGACCGGGCCCGGGCCUGGUGUGAGAUGGUCGGCAUCCAGUACUUCAGAUUGAACCCCCAGCUGGGGACAGACAUCAUGCUGGAUGAAGUCAGCGACACAGUGCUGGUCAACGCCCUCUGGGAGACUGAGGUCUACAUUUACGAGCACCGGGAGCAGUUCCAGAAGCUCGUCCAGCUGCUGCUGUCACAGUAGGGCCCCCAGGCCCUCAGCUAUCACUACCCACCCCAACCCCCAACCCUGCUGGGGAGGCAGCUGAGGCCCAAGCAUUGUACGACCGAGCAGAGCUGGGCCAAGGCUGAUCUUUCCACAGAGUGGGCUUCAGAGGGUGUUGGGCUUCUAACCUGAGCCUGGUCCUGAAGGCCUCUCUCCCCCUGUCCCUGCCUUCUGGCACUUUUUGUCACCCAGGCUUAGAAAGCCUAGAGCCUCACUGUGGCCCUCUCCCUGAUCCUAAGGACGACUGACUCUCAGGCCCCUCACCCUGUUGGUUCGCACACUAAGGGCACCCAGCUGUGCCCCAACCCCAGGCUCCGUCAAGUCCCCUGGGGGUGCAGCUGCCCCAUCUGCCCUCUGCCCUCUCCCCUGGGCGUGGGGCUAGAGAAGCUACAGAAACUGGCCGUCACCCACCCGGUUGGCAAGGGAAGCCCACGCUCAAGAGUAGGCUGUUCCAUUCAACUUUGUACCUCGAUACACGCCCAGCCACCUGCACCCCUCAGAACUGCUGCACCCUGAGGCUGUCCCAGCUCCCAACGGUCUGUCCUCUGACUUCUACUGACAGAAAGUGAUUUAUGAGUGGGCGGGGCUGCCCCAAACUGUGAAAUAAACGGUUCAAUUCCAGU